UUGCUUUGGGUUGCACGACGCGGGGAUGUGGAAGAUAUUCGCAGUGCAGUGGAAAUGGGGGCCGACGUGAACGCAAAGGAUCGAAGUGGAUGCACCGCAUUGGCUCAGGCUGCCGCGGGAGGGCUCAUUGACGUGGUGCGUUUCCUGGUUAGAGAGUGCGAGGCGGAUGUAAAUGCCAGCAACAACUGGGGGGUCACAGCGCUAGCGGGGGCGGCUGCUUAUGGGCACCUCGACGUAGUUCGGUACCUGGCCGCCAACGACGAGGUUGAUGCGAAUAUGGCUAACAAUUGGGGAGACACCGCUCUAAUGGAGGCCGCUGCUAACGGGCACGUUAACUUUGCCCGGUACCUGGUUGAUAGCGGGGUUGAUGCACAUUUCAGCGACUGUUGCGGAGCCACGGUACUGAUGCGGGCCGCAGCGGAAGGGCGAGUUGAAGUCGUUCGGAAUCUC